CGAGGGUUUAUUUUGGAAGUUCCACCUUUUGGGGAUUUGUAAUGGCGGUUCUGUGCAAUCAUUGGCUGCAGUGGCUGCUAAGAGGCGGGACACAAGCGUAAAAGCAGAGGCCCUCCUGCAAGGUCACGUGUCGCAGAGCUCCAGGAAGUGGCUAUUAUGUAGCUACAUCAUGGAUGUAUUCACAAUACACCAUUAAUCUGCUACAUUUUGCAGCUCUGCUGAGUAGCAACAUCUUGUGUAGCAUUGCUAUGGAUGAGCGCUUUGUUGCAUAGAUUCUUACACAUAUGUACAAUGAUGUUUAAAAUAAAGUUUAAUUACCUACGGCGACAGAGCAGAUUGUGUGAUGAUGCAACAUUUUAGUUGAGCAAGCUCUUUUUGCGUCUACCUGGGUUUCUCUGCGUACUCCCACUGCCUUCUACAAUGUAAACCAAGCCAUUAGGUCAGGUUAAAUUGUCUGAAGGUGUGAAUGUGUUGUGUGUUGACUGCUGAACCCAGCCUGGGUGUACACGGCCUCUUGUCCAUUGACAACUGGUGCUGGCUCGGUCACGCCCACUACCUACUAGGAUAAUGACUUGGAUGCUUAUGUUCUGUUUGUUCUGUGGUUGCAAGGCAUAAAUUGAAAAGGCAUAAAAAGACAUUUAUCAUAUAAUUUAUUAGUGCUCUUUGUUUAACCCAAAGCAUUUCAGCACAAAUUCACUGUUAAAUUAUUUUUAAGAAGUUGUUAGGUUUUCUAUUUAGAAAAAUACUUUAAACAAGUUUUAGAGAACAAUUUUAUGCAAAUACUGUAGUUUUGAGUAUAAAAGGACACUAUAAACAUGCAUCCACAAAGGCACAGUUUAUUUACUUCUAUACAUUUAUCAACUUUCUAUUUAAUUGGUGAAUACAAAACAGAAAACACAGCUAUGAUGUACCAACUAGUUAACAAAAACACAAUCAGAAGAACAAUAACUUUUUAAACACAGAUCAAGUGAAACAUGGAUAUUAAUAAUCAUUGGACAUUUUCUCAAUAAGAAUAGUUUUUCCACGGUUUUGUCUUAUUUCUUAUGUCCAGUUUGUGGCACAUAAACUUGCAGUAUAGUUGCAAAGUGAAUUAAUUGUUGUAUUGUUGUUAAUUAUUGGGAUUUGAUUUUUAAAUAUUCACUCCACUAAAUACAAGUAUCAAAUGCAUGAAAGGUAAUAAAGCCUUAACAAAUAUAGAUUAAGAUGUAUCAGCCAGAUGGAUAAUCACCGCAGCAGAUGUAGCUCAUAUCUAACUAUACGGUGUAAAAUAUUAAUAUAAUCCUUAUUGGAUCGAUUCGUAUGAAUAUGUUAUGUUGCGGUAAGCGCAGCAUUGACGUUUUUGUGAUUAUUAGUAAGCAGUCUAUUAUGUGCACAAAUAUUGUAGUGAUAAUGUGGCACCAGUAGAGUAAUUAUAAAUGCUGAGCGUGUCCAUUGCUUUUGCCUCUGACUUUAUGCUGUAAUAUAACCGGGACGUCUCUCGCUCUCGGCUUUGUCGCGCUUCAACUUAAAAUAGGCGUGUUUGGUAACUGUGCUACAAAUCCCUGAUUGACAGCUCCAGCUCACCAACCAGGCUCUGUGCUCCGCCCUCCUGCGGAUCCUCAGAACGAACCGACGAAUCGGGUUUGGCGAUGGGCGGGGCCACGGGGAAAACACACACCCAUCCCCGCUGCUAACCGAACGGAGAUUGUUUUCCUCUCUCGGGGAGAUUUUUCACUUUGCAGCAUUCAGCUUUAGUUGUUUAUUUUACGAUCACACGUCACUGAUAAGUUGCUGUUCCACCUGUACGUCGCUUCUGUAUCUUCUUCAAUCCGAGGUGCAGCCGUUAAUGCACAAAUAACAGAUUAUCAAAGCACCAUCUGCGAACUUCUGCUCGCUAUUUAGGAGAGAGGUCUCUCAGUUCUCACAAGUAUGAGGUCAUAAUGAAGCGGCGACUGGAGGAUCAGGAAACGGUUUUUGCGUCCCAGCAGCGACGCCUCGCUGGCAACGCCGAGGCUUUUCAGCAUCGUGUCCUGGCCCCGGCUCCGGCUCCAGCUGUGUAUGAGGCCGUGCCUGACAACAUGCAGCCCACAGCCGGCGUCCAGUACUCUGCCCCCCAGGGCUACCAGGUUCCUACAGUGGCCCAGAAUAGCGGAGGUCAUGGCCACACUCCAAGUCCAGCCGUCCACAGUGGGUCUCACCACCACAGCUCAGCGGUCCAAGCGCAUGGGCCUUCAGCCAUGGCGGGACAUGGCCAUACAGCCGCUCCGCAAGCGUCGGUGCAGGGCCAGCAACAGUUCCAGAGGCUCAAGGUGGAGGAUGCUCUGUCUUACUUGGAUCAAGUGAAGCUGCAGUUUGGCAACCAGCCUCAGGUCUACAACGACUUUCUGGACAUAAUGAAAGAGUUUAAGUCUCAAAGUAUUGACACUCCAGGGGUCAUCAGCAGAGUGUCACAGUUGUUUAAAGGCCAUCCCGACCUCAUCAUGGGAUUCAACACCUUUCUGCCACCGGGCUACAAGAUCGAGGUCCAGACAAACGACCUGGUCAACGUGACAACACCGGGUCAGAUCCACCACAUCUCCCCACAUGGCAUUUCUGUGCAAAACAUCCCUAUAACAGGAGCAGCUACCCAGCAGCAAGCACAGUUACCAUCUGCAGCAACCACCACUGCUCCACCCCUUGUAACACAGCCCACGCCUCCCAAGAUGAGCAAGCCCCAGGCCUUAACACCAAGCAGCCAGAGCAAUCCGUCCAUCCCUGCGUACACUUCUCCUCGCUCUCCUCCAAUGCAGCUCCACCCACCAGUGAGCGGGACCCCCACCGGUCCACCCAUGCAGAACAACCAGCCUGUUGAGUUCAACCAUGCCAUAAACUACGUCAACAAGAUCAAGAACCGCUUCCAGGGCCAGCCUGACAUCUACAAAGCCUUUCUGGAGAUCCUUCACACAUACCAGAAGGAACAACGUAAUGCAAAGGAGGCUGGAGGGAACUACACACCUGCACUGACAGAACAGGAGGUCUACGCUCAGGUGGCCAGGCUCUUCAAGAACCAAGAAGACCUGCUCUCAGAGUUUGGGCAGUUUCUCCCUGAUGCCAACAGCUCAGUGAUGUUAAACAAAACCACAGCUGAGAAGGCAGAGUCGGUGCGCAAUGACCAUGGUGGCACUGCCAAAAAGCUGCAGCUCAACAACAAACAGAGGCCCAGUCAGAACGGCUGCCAGAUCCGACGGCAUCCAACCCCAGGGACCACACCGCCCAUCAAGAAGAAGCCCAAGCUACUAAACAUGAAAGAUCCCUCCGUGGCAGAUGCCAGCAAGCAUGGGGUCGGCACAGAGUCUCUGUUUUUUGAGAAGGUUCGUAAAGCCUUGCGAAGUGCAGAGGCCUACGACAACUUCCUGCGGUGCCUGGUCAUCUUUAAUCAGGAGGUGAUCUCCAGGGCAGAGUUGGUUCAGCUGGUGCUGCCCUUCUUAGGAAAAUUUCCUGAGCUCUUCAACUGGUUUAAAAACUUUCUGGGAUAUCGGGAAAUGUCUCACAUCGAAACCUACCCCAAGGAACGGGCCACUGAAGGUAUCGCCAUGGAGAUUGAUUAUGCCUCCUGUAAGCGCCUGGGCUCCAGUUACAGAGCCCUGCCCAAAAGCUACCAGCAACCCAAGUGCACUGGCAGAACUCCACUUUGCAAAGAGGUCUUGAAUGACACCUGGGUCUCUUUCCCCUCCUGGUCUGAGGAUUCUACGUUUGUCAGCUCAAAGAAGACUCAGUAUGAAGAGCAUAUCUACAGAUGUGAAGAUGAACGGUUUGAGCUGGAUGUAGUGCUGGAAACCAAUCUGGCAACCAUCAGAGUCCUGGAGACAGUACAGCGGAAGCUGUCUCGUAUGUCUGCAGAGGAGCAGGCAAAGUUCCGCCUGGACAACACGCUGGGUGGCUCGUCAGAGGUUGUGCACCGCAAAGCCAUCCAGAGGAUAUACGGGGACAAGGCGCCCGACAUCAUCGAUGGCCUGAAGAAAAACCCGGCAGUUUCUGUCCCCAUCGUGUUGAAGAGGUUAAAGACGAAGGAGGAAGAGUGGCGGGAAGCGCAGCGAGGUUUCAAUAAGAUCUGGAGGGAGCAGAACGAGAAGUAUUACCUCAAGUCUCUCGACCAUCAAGGCAUCAACUUCAAGCAGAAUGACACCAAAGUGCUUCGAUCCAAGUCCUUGCUGAAUGAAAUCGAAAGCCUCUACGAUGAGCGGCAGGAGCAGGCCUCUGAAGAGGGCGCCACCCCACCCACCGGCCCCCACCUGACGCUGACGUACGACGACAGUCAGAUCCUGGAGGAUGCAGCGACGCUCAUCAUCCACCACGUCAAGCGGCAAACCAGCAUUCAGAAGGAGGACAAAUACAAGAUCAAACAGAUCAUCUACCACUUCAUCCCCGACAUGCUGUUCUCGCAGCGGGGCGAGCUCUCCGAUGUGGAGGAGGAGGAGGAGGAAGAGGAGAUGGACCUGGAGGAAGGCGCCUCCAAAAAGCACAACGGCGUCCCCGGCAGCAGGAGUCCUUCCAAGAACAAGUUGUUGUUCGGCAACACGGCGGCGCAGAAGCUGCGCGGGUGCGACGACGCCUACAACCUCUUCUACGUCAACAACAACUGGUACAUCUUCCUGCGGCUGCACCAGACGCUGUGCUCGCGCCUGCUCCGGCUGUACGGGCAGGCGGAGCGGCAGAUCGAGGAGGAGGUGAGGGAGCGGGACUGGGAGAAGGAGGUGCUGGGACUCAAGAAGGAGAAGAGCGACAACCCAGCCGUCCAGCUGAGGCUGAAGGAGCCCAUGGACAUUGAGGUGGAGGAUUACUACUCUGCCUUCUUGGAGAUGGUUCGGAAUCUGCUGGAUGGCAAUAUGGAGGCCUCCCAGUACGAGGACUCACUUAGAGAAAUGUUCACCAUCCACGCGUACAUUGCCUUCACCAUGGACAAACUCAUCCAAAGCAUCGUCCGACAGCUUCAGCAUAUUGUGAGCGACGAGAUCUGCGUCCAGGUAACAGACCUUUACCUGGCGGAGAGCUCCAACGGCGCCAGCGGAGGAACUUUGUCCACUCAGUCUACGAGGAGCUCCGCAGAGGCCCUGUACCAGAAGAAGGCUGAGCAGCUCAUGUCUGAUGAGAACUGCUUCAAGGUGAUGUUUUUGAAAAACCGAGCCAAAGUGCAGCUCACCGUGGAGCUGCUCGACACGGAGGAGGAGAACUCGGACGAGCCCAUGGAGGCCGAGCGUUGGUCUGAUUACGUCGGACGAUACUUAAACACAGAUUCCACCACACCUGAACUGAGGGAGCACCUCGCUCAGAAGCCAGUUUUUCUUCCCAGGAAUCUGAGGCGGAUCCGAAAGUACCACAAGGGCAGAGAGCAACUGGACAAAGAGGCCUACGAGGGAGGCAAGAAGUCCCUCGAGAAGGAGAAGAUGGAGUGUAUGUUCAAACUCAACUCUUACAAGAUGGUGUACGUAUUCAAGUCCGAGGACUACAUGUACCGACGCACUGCCCUGCUGCGAGCUCACCAGUCACACGAGAGAGUGAGCACGCGGCUGCACAAGCGCUUUCAGGCCUGGGUGGACGCGUGGGCGAAGGAGCACGUCAGCCGGGACAUGCUCGCCGAGACCAACAAGUGGCUGAUGGGCGAAGGGCGCGACGGCCUGUUACCCUGCACCACCAGCCGCAACGCCGAGAUCCUCCACUUCAUGAACAUCAACAAGUACCGCGUCAAGUACGGGCCGCCCAGCAAGGCUCCGUAGCUGAGGGGAAAAGAGAGAGACUGAUUCCUGAGGGCGUUUGGUCCGAUGUUAGCCAGGAGACAGGUCAGGAGCAGAGGUAGGAGCGAGGGCUUAUUAACAUGUUUUUAAGGCCGAGGUGGGAGCACAGUAAGUGAGCUACCGUGUAUGUUGCACCCAGGGCGGCAGGGUUGAUGAUUUUACCAGCGUUUUUAGCUGGGCCCACUUUUUCGCAGGGCCUUUGGUGCCAAAACUUAGGAAUGGUCGUGUUCCGGUCGCAGACCUGAGUUCUUACCAGCACUCGGAGCCACGUCUCAAACAAACCUUUCAAGCCUUUCUGGUCAGGGCUUCGCAACGUGAACGAUGAGCCUGUGAGCGAUAGAGUGGUGCUUUUUGUACUUUAUCACAACUGAGCUUCAGUUCCACUUUUGACUGAUCUUUGUGUCUGAAGCCAUCAGAGUGGGAGCUCCAUCGAAGUCACUCAUACAGGGAUUUAUUUAUGGUAGUGUUACGCUACAGUAUCCAUGGGGGAACAGUUUGGGGGACAAGUGCACUUAUUUAGUAAGAGGAAAAUGUUUCAAGUAUUUUUGUUUCCUGGAAGGUUCAGGAGCUCAGUGUCGUCUGAGAGAUCUGGUUCAGACAUUCCUGUGUUAAGGCCAAAUCACGACUAUGUACCUAUCACUAGACGGAAGGGGGGUCACAGCUCCCCUUCCACACCACAUGGCAGCAUUAUUAGAAACUGUGCCUGAGCUCCAAACAGUAUUGUCGGGUCGACAUCCAAAAGCACUGUUGCAUCUAAUGUACAAACAAAACGUGGAGAAAUGAGCCUCACAGCACUGUUUGGUCUCAGAGUGUAAAAUUGUAUAGCUUGUGAAUGUCAGAUACUGACAUGUAUUCCAGUGUACGUGUGACGUGUGUAUAUAUAUAUAUUAUAUAUAGUUCUAUUAACACAAAUGAUCCUUGCCGCCCUGGAAGUCAACCUUUUUAAAAUGCCCUCCGCCAAUACACCAGCUUGUACACACAUGCACACACACACACACACUCACACACAUAAUCACACACUCACACACGUCGCAUUCUAGGAGGCCGGUCCAUGUUGUAAAUACCCUGUAAAUAAUCUCAGACUUUUUAUGACAGAUGUGUGUUGUUGUGCUAGUUAUACUUUCCAAGCUUACUGUGGACUUUAGUGAUAAAUGGCUAAAGUUAGUAUGUAUAUGAAAAAGACAAAUGCAAGACCAUUUAUUACGGUUUUUACCAAAGGGAGUUGAUUAUAAAAAUAGCCGUUUCCCCCCUUUGUGCGUUCCUUUAUGUCUUUUCUUUUUAUUUUCUGUAGUAAAACAUGGACAAGUAGAAAUGUAUCCAGGUCUUUCAGUUUGUAUUUGAAAAAGACUUUUGUUUUUCUUCUGACUGUGACGUUUGGUUGGCAAAAAUCACUGCCCUCCCUCUUUUCACAACCGACACCGUCCGUGGUGACGGUGGGACUCGCUUUCAAAGUUCAUUCUUCACAGCGAUGGACUUCAACACCGUCUCACCGUGUGAUGCACGUUCCCUGCCUGGAUAGAUUUCUGCUGCCGACAUCACCCCACACCGUAUUUUUGAUAAUGGAAGAAGUCACAUGAGCAUGUCUUUAGUCCCUUUAUUUAGACAUUAUUUAAAGUAAUAAUAAAAACAACAUUUGUAGCCUAUGGA